CGGGCCGUCGUCUCUGCAUUUGCCGUCCGCCUAGCUUUCUCGGCUGGAGCCGCGGUGGACGCCGCACCCAUGUCAUCUUGUGUGUAUUAGAUAGGCGGGGUUAGAGGGUGGAAAAAUAAUAACCCCGCCACCUUCCUCUAUCACCCCAUUUAAAACAAAAUACACUCUCACCGGUCGCCUCGGAUCACGGCGAUUUUCGCGAUAGAAGCUAGUUUCAUGGGAUAUGAAAGGAAGUCUGAGGAGGAACUCUUGUGUGUUUAUACAGAGGAUGUGUGUGAGAAAGUAGUGGCUUCCUUCCUAAUAUAUAAGGAUAAGUAGCUACCCAGUGGGAGUGCAAGACCGGUCAAAUGCAGGCAGAUGACGUACGAACACAUGUCGUCAUCAACUUCAACUGUGCUCAAAGCCUCAAUUAGAGGAGCCUAGAAUACCUUGCCAUGAAUGGUGACUCUGGUGUAGGGGUGGUUACUUCCCCACCCCCAUCAACUGCUCCACACAAGGAGAAAUACUUCGACCGAGUUGAUGAAAACAAUCCAGACUACCUCAGAGAGCGGAAUAUGCCACCUGACUUGCGUCAGGAUUUCAACAUGAUGGAGCAGCGGAAGAGGGUUUCCAUGAUUCUCCAGAGUCCGGCUUUCUGUGAAGAAUUGGAAUCAAUGAUUCAAGAGCAGCUGAAGAAAGGAAAGACUCCAACUAGUCUACUUGCAUUGCAACAGAUUGCUGACUUCAUGACGACAAAUGUGCCUAGUAUGUAUCCUGCUGCACCACAAGGAGGAAUGGCUGCAUUAAACAUGAGUCUAGGAAUGGUUACCCCAGUGAAUGAUCUCCGUGGAUCUGAAUCUGUUGCAUAUGAGAAAGGAGAGAAAUUGCUGCGAUGUAAGCUGGCUGCUUUCCACAGAUUAGCGGACCUCUUUGGAUGGUCACAGCUUAUCUAUAACCACAUAACAGUGCGAGUCAGCUCAGAACAGGAACACUUUCUCAUUGUCCCUUUUGGCCUUCUUUACAGUGAGGUCACAGCAUCAAGUUUGGUUAAAGUUAACCUUCAAGGUGAUAUAAUUGAUCGUGGUUGUACCAAUUUGGGAAUAAACCAAGCUGGCUUUACCUUGCACUCUGCGAUCUAUGCAACUCGGCCAGACGUCCGCUGCAUCGUACACAUUCACACACCAGCUGGGGCUGCAGUGUCUGCAAUGAAGUGUGGCCUGCUACCAAUCUCCCCAGAAGCACUGACCCUUGGAGAGAUAGCUUACCAUGAUUACCAUGGAAUCCUUGUGGAUGAAGGAGAAAAGAUACUAAUACAGAAAAAUCUGGGCCCCAAAAACAAGGUGCUUAUUCUGAGGAACCAUGGUCUUGUUGCCAUUGGAGAAACCAUUGAGGAAGCUUUCUAUUACAUUCACAACCUGGUUGUUGCCUGUGAAAUUCAGGUUCGUACAAUGGCUAGUGCCGGAGGCCCUGACAAUUUGGUUCUCUUGGAUCCUGUAAAGUACAAAGCCAAAUCUCGCUGUCCUGAGUCAUCAGGGGAUGAAAAUAGUUCACAUCCUAAGUGGCUGAUUGGGGAGCAAGAAUUUGAAGCCUUGAUGCGAAUGUUGGAUAACCUGGGUUACAGGACUGGUUAUCCUUACCGUUGCCCAGCUCUGCGAGAAAAAAAUAAGAAUCGCAGUGAUGUUGAGAUUCCGCCCUCUGCCACAGGUUUUACCUUUCCAGAGGACAGUGACUCUAGCUCUCGCUCCCCUCUCAAGCAAAGUUCUCAGAAACAACAGCGAGAGAAGACGAGAUGGCUGAAUGCAGGCAGCACAGGCAGAGUUGAUGAAGUGCCUGAAGAGUCUAGGAAUGGUGGCAGCCCCAAAUCGAAGACUAAGGUGUGGACGAACAUUACACACGAUCACGUGAAACCCUUGCUGCAGUCUCUCUCGUCCGGUGUCUGCGUGCCAAGCUGUAUUUCCAACUGCUUGUGGACAAAAGAUGGUGCUGGUCCAAUUCCCAAUCAGUUUGUGCCACUAAACACUGAUCCACGUGAGUUCAAAGAGAUGAGGAAUAAGAUUCGGGAGCAAAAUUUGCAAGAUAUAAAGACAGCCGGGCCUCAGUCUCAGUUGUUAUGUGGAGUUGUACUGGAUAGGUCUUUUACUCAGGGAGAGCUAGUGACGGCAUCAAAGGCGAUCAUUGAAAAGGAAUACCAGCCACGAGUAAUUGUGAGCACUGCGCCGAAUCCCUUUAAUAAGUUGACGGACCAUGAACUCGAUGAGUAUCGCAAAGAAGUUGAACGCAAGCAGAAGGGACCUGAAGUUGAGAAUGACAAGAUCUCGAAAAUUGGGUCCACUGGAAUGCAUCCUGAUGGCAAGCCAGAUAAUGUGGCAAGUACACCACAAAGACACCCUGUUCUGCAGGAACUAUCUGUUACAGAAGUUGAUCAAACCCAAAGUCAGUCUUCCACGUAUGAAUUUGUAGAUAAUCAAGACAUCACAACUGAAAUACAAUCUUGCACCAACGAACAACGUUCCGUAGAGGCUAAGAGUCCAUGCAGUUACAGGCAGAGCUCUGGACAGACACCACCCACCAGUAUAGGCCACAUCUCCAAGCAAUUCAACCCAGGAGACGAAGAUGCAAAUGAAUCUCUACACAGCGCCAUUGUCAAGGCACUUGCCACUUCUGGUGACCAUAUUCCUUCAUCUGACCCCUUGAACAUUGGCCAGCAGGAGCUUCCAGAGCCCCAGUCAGAGGAGGUGAAAGUCAACGACCAGCAGAGUCCUGCAGACCACUCCCCUACCUGCACACCCCCCAGCACACCCACAAAAGUAGAUGAUGAAUCGCAAAUGGAACAGACACGCAAGGAUGACAGUGCUGCAACUUUCCAACAGUCUCCACCUGAACUCGCCUCUGAUGAGCCCUCGGAAAUACCGACCAUCCAGACCCCUGCAAAAGAGGAGUUGGACAGCCCAAGCAAAGACCUGAGUAGGAAGCUUGAAGAGCUGACCACCACUGAGCAGCAGGAAGAGCCCUCCUCACCCCCUCCUGAGCAGGUGACUUCAUCACCCGUUGAGGAGGUGGUUGAUGCAGCCAGCGACGAGUCUCCCAGCAAGUCACCCUCAAAGAAGAAGAAAAAGUUCCGCACCCCUUCCUUCUUGAAAAAGAAUAAGAAGAAAAGUGAAUCCUAAAGAUCCCCUUUUUUUUAAGCAGAAAAGGCAUAAUGCCCUCGAUUCCAAUUCAUUUCUAGAAUGUACAAGGUUGUAUUGUCUAGUGUUAUAUCUUAAACAAAAACAUCCAUGUAACGGAAUGCAGUGAAAUGUCUAGUAUAGCUCAAAUGAUCUCGAAAGUACAGGACAUCUUUUGACACAAAACAGAGGUGCUAACCUUUUCAGUACAGUAGGUGCAAGCCUUCAAGUGUUUAAUCUCAGCAUGGUUUACCACUUCGAGAUAGAGUUAGAACAAUGAAACCAGAAGAAACCUUUAUAAUGAGAUUAUGUUGUAAUGAUGAAUUAAUUGCUUUGUUGUAAUAUGCAGCUGUUAUAGUGGAGAUAUACAUUUUAACAUGUGUAUGAGAGACAUCCUGCGCAUGACUGUUCAAUACCAGCCAAUUGUGAUGCUGCACACCUUUUUAGCCAGCAAUGUUUAAAGGAAGAUUACUACAUGUAGAUGGCACAGAUUAUGAAUUGCUUACUUCAGAAAAUAAGAAAUGGUCUGGGUUUUGCUGAAUCAUGAGUAUUGUUUUUUUUUCCCCUUUUACAACCCCUUAAGAAAACUUACUGCUAUUGCCUGUUGCAAAUUGUUUCCUUUGGGUGCUUUGACCAAUGCUGCUGCCAUGUAACCCUCUGCUACUUGUUUAAGAGCAUAACAAAGUUAUUGGAGUCUGGUGACUCGUUACCCAACAUUUUGUCACUGCAUCAAUUGUCUGAUACUCUUCUGUUUGUGAAAUACUGCUUAGAUUAAAAUGAAGGAAAAGUUGUGGUUCUAUACAGGAUAAAACAAGUUGCUUGUAUUUAUACAGUGCUUUAUCACAUUCAUGAACCCUCCUUAUUUUGCAGUUCAGUGAUUGUGUAGUCAAAUGUCAUGUAAAAGAUGUCUUGAGUAGAAAUUUGUGAAAUGGCCAGCAUUUUGUCCUUUUAUUUUGUUGAUUAUACAUAGUAUUGAAAAACAUAAACUCAGCAACCAAGUCAUUUGAAAUCAAAUGGAAAAGUUGAAAAGAGAGCUGAUAUUUUUAUCCAGAGUGAGACCUUUCAGUUUUACUGAUGAAGGAACAUAAACUGUAAAUCCUAUCAUUCAUAUGGUCUACUUCAAGAGGCCUUUCCAGUGGGCAGUGCUGUUUGGAAUUUAUCAUCUCUUCUCAUCCCAUCUCCAGCAUUCUUUGAUGUACAACCCUCCACUACAUCCCCAUCCACAAUGACUCGAUCAGGAAGUGGAGCAAGUUUCUGCUGAACUCAGUUUCUCCCUUCUGCUCCCACAGCAGAAUAUUAUGGUACCCCAUGCUGAUCAAAGUUCUUCUCUCACUGCCACCCCCCCCCCCCUUAACCUGGCUUCUAAUUAACCUAGUCACCUUCAUAAAUAGAGAUUCCUUUAUUGUUUAAUUUAAAUGGGAUUGAUGGAAAUUCUACCAGUGUGACAUAACACUGCACCAAAACUGAUAAAAGUUUACUUUGAACUUCAAACCCUUUUUGUUACAGGCAGCGUUGCUCACCACCCCUAGUGGAAAUCCUUCCAUUCCCAUAGGAGGUCUGGAUUGUUGUUUGGUAUUACAUUUGCAGCAAACUUGGAACAGUGAUGAAACCAUCACUUUGCUGAUGUGCAGCUGCUGCCUUUCCUUCUCUCAGUAAGUCUGCAGGUGGGUUGAGGUGGGGCCAAGGUGGAAAUGGUAGCAAAAGUAUAAUGCAAGAAUAGUUUGCAUACAGGUGUGUAAUGAGGACUGCAUGGCAUCACUGGCUUUACGCUUGUAUUUUACCCUUGUAUAACUUCUGUACUCUAAACAAUUUUAAGUUUUCUGUUAAUUUGUUAGAAUUGCCAGACUUAACAAUGUCACCUAUGUUUAGAAUCUCAUUUCAGUUAAUUAUCCUCUACAAAACAUUUCUAAACUUUGAUUUUUAUCCUACGUUUUCAAUUCUUUGUAUUAAAACAAAGAAUUCUAAGUAAAAAAAAUAUUACUUAUGAAAAGAAUCAUAUCUAAUUUUUUUAAGUUUCAUUGUAACAUUUUUUUGAAGUUACUUAAAUAAAAUCCUUUCUUUAAACCCCACAACAUUGUUUAGUUUAUUCAAGAAGGCAGCUCUAUUCAUUGCAGGCUGUCUGUUUCUUCUCGAGUCAUAUACAGUACAGACACUAUCGGCUCUCCACUGUCACACCUUUACUGCAUUUAGAACAUAGGACACUACAGCAGAACAUAGUACAGCCCACAGUGUAUCUCAUUUUAAAAAUUUGCACUGAAACAUGAUGGCUGAAAGGGGAAGUAGCUCUUGCUUUAACUUUUAUACUUUGUUAAAGUGAACAGCCAUCCGUUGGAGGAAUUCAAUGGGUGGAACGGCAUUAGUUGGGGGGAGGAGUGGGGGAGAAGAAAUUGUCUGUUUCUCAUCAAAUCCUUGCAUGAAGACCUCAGUUCCUUUAUUUUCCUUGGGGCAUCACAGUGGUGCAUAGCAGUUAGUGCUAUGCUUUUGCAGUUCAGGGCACUGGAGUUCAGUUCUGACCUCAUCUGGAAGGAGUCUGUAUGUCCUCCCCAUGGAAUGCCUGUGUUUUCUCCAGGUGUUCCAAUUCCCUCCCACAGUCCAAAGAUGUUCUAGUUGGUAGAUUAAUUGGUUAGUGUAAAUUGUGUUGCGAUUGGGCUAGGGUUAAAUCAGGUGUUAGGUUAUAUGGCUUGAAGGACCAGCAGUGCCUAUUCUGUGCUGUAUCUCUAAAUAAAUAAAUUAAGAUUUCAGUCUAAAAUGGAAGUCUGAAAUUAAUAGAAUGCAGUGAUCUCUUCCAUUUUUUUGGCAUUACACUU